CGUGAGCUCUCAGAGAGAGCGCAUAACAAACAUGGCGACAGGAUGGUACGGAGGAAAGGGGAUUACGCUGACUUUUAUUCUGUUGCUGUGGCCCGGAGUGUGCGUGAGCGCGGCGGAAACGGCGGCCGAGGCCGGAAGCGAGAGCCGCGUCCUCGGCAUGCGCUUGGAGAGAAGCGAAAAGCCCGCGACGACCACCGACGACGGGAUCAUCCAGGUGACGGAGGAGAGCAUCAUCUCGCUCAGGUUGUACGGGCUGCACAUCAGCAAUGACACCUUGUCGCACGUGAGGUUCAUGGAGGUCGGGGACGACAGCGAUGACUCUCAGAGCAGUGAGAGAUUUAACAGGACUUGCUCUCAUUUCACCAAAGACAUCGUUAUAAACGAAACCGGGACCAUCAAUAAUCAGGGGAGCUCAGGGGUCCUGAAAGUAAAGAUCAAGCUGUUGAGGAAAAGUGAGGCGCAGAGGGAUUACGCGGUGUGCAUCAGGAACGACCAGGACGCCAGGUGGUACGUGCUGGGAGACAAUGAUGGCAGGAUACGUGUGGUGGAGGAGAAGAAGUCCCUGCUUCCCCUGUGGCUUCAGGUGAUCCUGAUCUGCUGCCUUCUGGUGCUGUCUGGCAUGUUCAGUGGUCUCAACCUGGGUCUGAUGGCUCUGGAUCCCAUGGAGCUGCGCAUCGUCCAGAGCUGUGGCACGGACAAGGAGAAAAAGUAUGCACGGAAGAUCGAGCCCAUCCGAAGGGAAGGUAACUACCUGUUGUGCUCGCUCCUUCUUGGGAACGUGUUGGUCAACACAACUCUCACCAUCCUUCUGGACGAUCUCAUAGGUUCAGGCAUUGGAGCUGUAAUCGCUUCCACUAUCGGCAUUGUCAUAUUCGGUGAGAUUGUUCCUCAAGCUUUGUGUUCACGCCAUGGCCUGGCGGUCGGUGCCAACACCAUCCUGCUCACCAAGUUCUUCAUGCUGGUCACCUUCCCGCUCUCGUAUCCCAUCAGCAAACUCCUGGACUGCAUUUUAGGUCAGGAGAUCGGCACCGUGUACAACCGGGAGAAGCUUGUAGAGAUGUUGAAGGUCACUGAGCCGUAUAACGAUCUGGUCAAAGAGGAGCUGAAUAUGAUCCAGGGUGCUCUGGAGCUCAGGACCAAAACGGUCGAGGAUGUCAUGACGCCGCUUUCGAACUGUUUCAUGAUUCACAGUGAUGCCGUGUUGGACUUCAACACCAUGUCGGAGAUCAUGGAGAGCGGUUACACACGCAUCCCUGUGUACGAGGAGGAGCGCACUAAUAUCGUGGACAUCCUAUUUGUGAAGGAUUUGGCCUUUGUGGAUCCAGACGACUGCACGACUCUGAAGACCAUCACCAAGUUUUAUAACCACCCCGUCCACUUUGUGUUCCACGACACCAAGCUGGAUUCCAUGCUGGAGGAAUUUAAGAAAGGUAAGUCCCACUUGGCCAUCGUCCAGAAGGUGAAUAAUGAAGGUGAAGGCGAUCCUUUCUACGAGGUGCUGGGACUGGUGACUUUGGAGGAUGUCAUUGAAGAGAUCAUCAAAUCAGAGAUCCUGGAUGAGUCUGACCUUUACACUGACAAUCGGACCAGAAAAAAGGUGGCGCCCAAUAAAAACAAGCGUGACUUCUCCGCCUUCAAGCAUGAAAGUGAAUCUAAAGUUAAAAUCUCUCCUCAGCUACUAUUGGCUGCCCACCGAUUCCUUGCCACAGAAGUGAAUUUAUUCAGCCAAUCUCAGAUCUCCGAGAAGGUCCUGUUGAGGAUCUUAAAACACCCUGAUGUUAUUCAGGAGAUCAAAUUCAACGAGAAUGACAAACGAUCACCUCAUCAUUAUGUCUACCAGCGUGGCAAAGCUGUCGACUACUUCGUCCUCAUACUGCAGGGUCGUGUGGAGGUGGAGGCUGGGAAUGAGAAUAUGAAGUUUGAGACAGGGCCCUUCUCCUACUACGGUGUCAUGGCACUUAAUACCACAUUAGGGAAAGUUUCUCGUCCUCGCCACCUCUCUCUAAUGAGGUGUUCUAUCUUCUCCCGUUUUCCAGAGUUUCGUUCGCCGUCUCACAUCAGCGGUCUAAACCGUUCAGCGUCUCUUAACUACACGGAUCGCUCAGAGUCUCAGUCCAUCAGUGGCAGCAACACGCAGCUGAACAGCUCCCCCUCUGCGCAGUACGUUCCUGACUUCAACGUGCGUGCACUGACGGACCUGCAGAUCGUCAAGAUCACUCGGUCACAGUAUCAGAACGGUCUGAUGGCAUCUCGGUUGGACAAUUCCCCCCAGUCUCCGGACAGCGGGCAGAUGCGCAUGGAGAACAGCACACCUGCAGUGUCUCAGUCUCCAUCCGACAACACGCUCACACUCCCCAUGACGGACACGCCACCAGACGAACACACAUCACUCCUAAACGAGCAGAACUGUCUGUCUACUCGCCAGUCCAAUCACAGCACACACAGCGAGAUCUGACGCCCAUGCACAACUUUCUAACAGCAUGCUUAGAGACUACCAUCAAAUACACUAUUUUAUAUACACACACUCUUUCCAGCCUGAUUAAUGAAACCGGCAGAUGUCCGAAUUACAGACACAUACACCCAUAUAAUAUAUUUAACAUUUUGCUAUUCUUCGGUCAUACAAAUUUAAGCUGCCAAAAUGAAGGGCAUGAACUGGAGGGAGAAAAAAAACUGCGUGAUUGCACUGAGAAGUUAAGUCUGGAUGAUAGAACGCCUGGACUGAGUAGUUUUUGAGCUAACAAUCCAUCUGGGCAUUUUCAAGACUGAUUUUUUUUUUAAAAGGAAUAAUGUUUAUGUAGAAAACAAAUGUUUUAUUUUCUGGUUUUCAGUGGAAAAGUGUAGUUCAUGGGGAAAGCAGCUGAAUUCUAUUUUGGCUGACAUCAAAUUUACACUUAAAUUAAAUAAAAGGUCAAGUAAGACCAUAGAUAGACUCCAGCGUUUUUCAGACUAAUCUCUAUCCAUUGCACAUGUAGUAGUGUAUGUGUGAUGAGCACAGAUAAGAAUUUCGAUGCAAGGAAAAACUAACCUGAAAAACUGGCAGUUGUUGGAAUGUCAAGGAACAAUUAUAUGAAACAUUUUUUUUGUCAAGUGUACUUGUAAAUUAAGCUGUAAAUCUGAAUAAUUUAUUGGUUUACAGUUGAGACUAUGUUUUUGACAUGGAAGAAUGGGUUACGUGUCAAAAAAUUAGUCUAACAACCCCCCUUAAACUUCCAUAUUUAAAGUCAGCACAUUCUCUGAUUUUUUUUUUCUUUUUCUUUUUUUUUUUUUUAGUAUGGGGAAAUGUGUCACAAUUCUUGUUUGUAGUAAUCAUUCCUACGCUACAGAUGUGGUAAGAAGAGAUUAAGUUGAAAGCACUGAGCUGUUCAUUUAAGGAAGUUGUGUGUUCAUUUUCAGCUGUUUUAAAGAAUCAACAUCUUUAAACCUAAUCGCACCAAAAUCCAAGAUGUAUCUCAGGGAGACACUAAGCACCACAUAUAUAAUCUAUAUGUUAAACAAUUCUCUGUUUUUCAGUAUACAACUAUAGAACAAGUGACCAAAAAAACUAAAGCAUGUUGAAAUUUCAUCUCGUAUCGAGUCCAUAUAUUCGCCUACUGUAAGUGAACUUUCUAAUGGUCUGUGGAUUUCUGUUCGUGUUUAAGUGAAUCACUGUCAAGUGAAACACUGUAUACAUGUCACCUUGAAUCUAGUCGUCGUUUUGCAACGACUCCAUAUAUAUAUUUUUUUUAACUUCAAAUCGAGCAAGCCUAUAUCGGAGAAGGUGGAAUGCUUUCCUGAUUCUGAGGAAUUCAGUCUUGCAUAAAUGAGCUUUAAGACUUUGUGGUUCAAUUAUUGAACUUGAGGUUAACCCAUCAGAAAUAUAUAUAAAUAUAUACAUACUGUAUUUAUUUGACAUAUAAAUUCAAGUUGUAUAUUUUCUUGUGAAAUGUACAUUUUGUCUUUUUUUUUCUAAUUGUGUUUUAUGGUUCUUGCCUUCAGAACGUAUAUUUCAGAUCAGCAGCAUGUCUUGGUACUGAGUCAUCUGUGUCACAUUUCUGGUCCAUUUAAAAGACAAUCCGUAGUUGCAUCCAAGCCAAAAAGAUCUUUAUUUAUAGAAAAUUGGGUCAGUCCUGGAAAUUAUAUUAUAGGUUUUUGAUGAUGAUGUUUUUCUUGUUUUGUCUUUAGGUUCUGGUUCUUAUUUUCCACUGUGAGGAUUUUAUUUUGCUUUAUACCAAAUCUGGAAUAACUCAUCCUAAACAACCUGUAUGCAGGGCAACAGUGUUAGCCAAAUAAAUAUCAGAAAGCCUCUUCUUAAUCUGUGACAUCUGUUUAUCAGAAAACAGAGAGCCGUUUUAUUUUCACUGCUUCGUCUGUGGGUUUAGCUGGGAUUGUAAGGUAGUGAAAGAUGCUGCUAGAUUUCCACGUUUGCGUUUUAUCUGUUGUUUGAUGUUUGUUCUCGCGAAGUUGAGAUAUGUCCGUAGGAAUGAUGAUUUAUUAAAUUAGUUUCAUAAAUUGUGACUUUAUUAAACUUCUAAAUCCUCA